AGCUUUUUAGUUUGCCUGAAUAAAUUUUAAACACAAAUAGACUUAACCUGUACAUGCAAUCGAUCGUUUUUUGCUGCUAUAUUGCUUAUAUUACUCAGUACUCUGUAAAUAGUAAGUUGCUAAUCAAGUAGUAGUAACCAAGCCGUCAUCUCAAGACUUGGUAAUCAUUUUAUUUCAUAUGCAUUAAUGCAUUCCAUUGUCAAAUUGGCAACAAUAUCUGUCUUCUCAAGACUUGGAUGACUUUUUGGGUCAUAUCAGUAACGAUCCUUAACAAUUUACCAUGUGAACAUCAAACUACAUUUUGUCAAACUUAAAUACUACUCAAUUCCCACAAGUCUCAUUUUUCUCUCUUUCAGCCCAUGGAAAAAAUGUUGUUGUCCUAUAUUUUCUUGAUUCUUUUGGCACACCCCUUUUAUGUCAGCCCUGCAGAUACAACAACAUCAAAUGGUAACAAAAGCAUAUUCAUUUUAGCAGGACAAAGUAACAUGUCUGGCCGGGGAGGAGUAGUAAACAACAUAUUUGAUUGGUAUAUUCCACCUGAAUGUCAGUCCGAUUCAUCAAUUCUAAGACUAACAAAAGGACUUUCAUGGGAAGUAGCAAAAGAGCCAAUUCAUCAAGACAUUGAUUACUAUGCAAUUUGUGGGAUUGGUCCUGGCAUGUCCUUUGCUAAUUCAAUCUUGAAAAAUGAUCCCAAAAUUGGUGUGAUUGGUUUGGUGCCAUGUGCUAUUGGUUUCACAAAUAUCAGCCAAUGGUCUCGAGGAUCAUUAUAUUAUAACGAAAUGUUGAAUAGGACUCUGAUCGCGUUAGAAGGUGGUGGAACGCUACGAGCACUUCUUUGGUAUCAAGGAGAGAGCGACACUUUGAAUGUAGAGGAUGCCGAAUUGUAUGAAUCAAGACUACAAAAGUUCUUCACAGAUGUGCGAAAUGACUUGGAUGCGCCAUACUUACCUAUUAUUCAGGUGGCAUUGACAACAACUUUAGGGCCUUAUAAGGAGAUAAUAAGACAGGCCCAGUUGGGUAUUCAACUUCAAAAUGUGAAAACAGUUGAUGCUAAUGGGCUUAAAGUGGGCCCAGAUUAUGUGCAUCUCAGUACUCCAGCAGAAGUCCAGCUUGGACAGAUGUUGGCUAAUGCCUUUUUGGAGUCUGGUUCAUACACAGCCCAUUAGGGUAUCAAGGGGACCGUUCGGCUGGUUAUUCUUAAAAAAUUACACCAUCUCAAUUCUUCGGUUAUUUUACAAUGUAUAACCAAUUUAUAUGAAGAGUUUAUUAUUUGGGGAGUCAAAUAAGUCUUUCUUU